AUGCUUUCUUGCCAUCAUUUGACAAACACAGAGAUACAAGUGGAUAAAGAUGAUAAGCCUACGUUAUUAAAGAUGUUUUGGAAUUUAUUAGUUUGUUCUUUCUAAACUGUGUUUGGAUAUGUCUGUUUGGACAUUUGUGUGAGUAUCACCUUGCAUUACAUUAACAAAGGAAUGACUUAAAUUGAUGUAGCUGGGUAUGGAUUUGCUUUGAAUUGUGUCUACAUUAUUGUGCUUCCUAUUGGAUUUGGAUUUAAUCAAUCUCUAAAUAUGCAUACAGCAUAGGCAAUUGGCGAUGGAAAUCACUAACUUGCAAAGCGAUUCUUCAAUGUCAAUUUGUAUGUGAUGUUGAUGUUUCUGAUACCCUUUUCAGGCAUUUUAAUAGCAAUCAAAAAACCGUUUAGCCUUAUUGUGGAAGAAUCUCAAAGAGAGGAAACAGCAGAUUGCGCUUGGGAAUACCUGUGGUUUCUGAUUCCAGCCAUUAUUUUAGCAAUCAUUUUUGAAAGCAUCAAAAUUUUCAUGGCUUCAUACAAAAUUACUUAUCCAUUUGCCAUAAUCCAUUUUAUCACUUUGCUCUUACACUGGCUUUUUAGUUGGUUAUUUAUAAUGAAAUUUGAAUGGGGAAUCCCAGGAGCAGGUUUUGCAAUCAUAAUGACUGAAAUAUUCAACAUGUUAUUCAUAUUCUUAUUCAUUUAAUUGACCGAAUACAAAAGGACAAUAUUUUAAGGAAUCAAAUUCUUACCUGACAUUCCUAGAAUCAAAAAGCUAGGUUUACAAUAUUGCAAGACUUCAAUGCCUAUAUUAGUCCACAUAUAUUGUGCAUACUUUAUUUUUGUUUUGUUAACAUUCGUGGCAUUAAGUUUAAACACUCCAUCAGUAAAUGCACAUUUAGCACUUCAGACAGUGUCAGGCACAUUCUUUAGAUUGCCAAUUAGUUUAUCAAUUGCAAUUAUGUCAUAUGUUGGCACUGAAAUGGGAUUGGGAGAUAUUAAACGAGCAAAACAAUAUGUAGCUGUGGGAAUCCUAAUAUUCGUGAUAACAUGUGCCUUGUGUGCAUCUUUAUUGUGGGUAUUCUAAGAUGGAUUUAUUGAUUUUUUCACAGCAGAAAGUGGAAAGGAUCAGUUUGCAGAUGAAACAAAAGAUGUAUUGAGGGAUUCUCUGCCUUGGAUGAUAGGUGGCUCAUUAAUAAUAGACGGAAUGUAGGGAACUUUAAGUGGAGCAUUAAAAGGAAUCAAUAAAGCAAAUUUAGUUUAGGUAUUAGAAUUAGAAAUAUUUUAGUAUUCCACUAUAUUUGCAUAUUUUGUUUGUUGUGUUCCUAUAGUCUCCUUUUUCGCUUAUGACUGGGGACUUGGAAAUGGUACUAAGGGAAUUUGGUAAGGAUUUGGAAUUUCAAAUUUAAUUUUGACUACUCUUUUUACAAUUAGCUUAUUUACAACAGAUUGGCAAAAAGAAUCAGACAGAAUUAUAAAUAGAAUUAGGAGAGAAAAUGAAAUGCAGAAAAGUACUGUUCAUCAAAUCGAAGACUAGUUGAUCUAUGAUUGA